GCAGGCUAAAAACGUCCCAGGCUUUCAUUGGGUAUAAAAUUCUCGGUGAGUCAUGACGUGUAUUUCGUAGCUUCGGUGAUCUCUGGUUCUUCAACGCCCUUGGCUGGAAAUUAGAGAUAGAAAGAAAAGACAAAAAAAGAAAGGAUAAACGCUUCAUCCUUACGCGAACAGUGCGUUUUACAUAAUCGUCCUGGCCAGGAGGGGAGCGCACCCAACCGUUGGUUCGAUUCAAUAGGCGCUGAAAUCCUGGGUAAAAAUUUUCAGAAGUAGCACACGACGGGCAGCACAGCACUUCGCUACAAAGAAGGUCCGCCGCCAUCUUGUCAAUCCGCAGGGUAAAAGAAUAAAGCGAACGUCGAAGGCACUGUUGCCGUGGGGGCGCUACCGAUAUUGAGUACCGAUAAAAAAAGAGCCUGUAACAGAUUGCAUUUGAUAAAGUUAAUUUCCGUGCACUAACUACCGAGAUCGAGCGAGAGAGAGACAUUAUUUUGGAGAGAAAAUCAUGAUUGCAAAUAUAAUUACGUUGCCAUACAGUGUGGUUUCCCUUUGUUACCCUCCGCGCGAAGGCCGUCAUGUGCGUGUGGAGAAGGGGCGGAGGGAAUUUGCCAUUGUUACGUGUACGCUCGUUGAACGAAUGUAGUAGUGUUUAAGGAGGCCGAUAUACCCAGUUAUUUUACCGUAAAUUGAGAUACGUACGAUUUUGGCCAGACGGGAAUUUUCCUGCUGCGCAUUUCAAAAGUGAAGUAGAGGUUAAUCCCAAGCGGAAAGUUAAAAUAGCGAUUUUUGUCGUAUCAAAAGUGAAAGUUGGCCGUACGGGUUAGAGAGCGCGUUCACGUUAAUCAAGUGAACCAAAUUUAGACGCAUUUCGUCGGUGCUACCUAACUGCGCAUUAUUUGCUGUGAGGCUCAUUAUUAGCCAACCCACACACAAACGCACUCACACACGCACAUGCAUGCAUACGCAUUGCCCCAAGCGGUAGCGCUAGCGGAAACGCCCUUUCAUUUGCUGCCUCGUCAUUCGUGAACAGCAAAUGUCAUGGUGCACGCCAUCAUCGAUCCCUUCGGGAACGGACGCGACAAGUUUUCGGCAGACGCCGCUAGGUGGCGCUGUGCCUGCUACCAAAGCAAAGUUGGUUUGCCGUAUCACCACGGUGUGACGGUGUGGCAAAGCUGUGUUCGACCUUUCCCCGUGCCUUCGACCUUGUUGUAAUUGUAGUAACGCACAUGCUGCUAAUUGUAAACUAGUCUAAAAAACGUACAUUGUGCUAGAGACACAAUACCCACACCCCCCCACCACCACACAGAAGUGAUCAUAUGAUAUAUGCGUUGUGGCUUUAAUGCCAUAUGAUAAGGCCUGGAAAGCGCGAGAUGUAACCAUCCUCCGUAGGGGUGGCCUAUGAGUAAGAAAAGGAUUUAGUUUAUAGUUUUAAUUGUUAUCGAAAUAGCAAACUGGAUUGUAAACAUUGAUAUCACGAGCACAGAGAGUUACACCGUUUUUUAGUGUGUAAAUUGACGGCUUCAAGAUGCCACGUAUCGAUCCAAUGAAACUGCUCGUGUGCCUCAGCGUGCUGCUGGCACCGAACGGUGGCAUUCGCAACGCGGGGGAAGUGAGACGGCUAGCAAACUUAAUGGCAAAGUUUUCGAAGAAAUUAGUAUCGAAAGCCAUCUACAUACAGAUACUGAAGUGCACGGAGACGGAGCUGUUGGGACAGUUCAUGCAAACCGGCGGUUGGUCGUUGGUGCACAUGUGGCUGGUCGAUGGCAUCGGCUCGAAAAAUUGGCCCCUCAUCCAGGAGCUGAUGGAGCUACUGCUGUGCUGUCCGGUUGAUGUGGAGCGGUUGAAGAUAAACAGCACCCCCCGGCUGGUCAAAUCCCUGUCCACCGACAGUGCCAAUGAAAGUGUAAAGGUUCUUGCCUCGAAGCUGGUCGAACAGUGGCUCUAUAUUGUGAAAGCCCCGAAACAGCUGUCACCGAUGGUUCCAAUAAAUCAAUCCGAACUGCCAGCAAUCACUGGCCUGGCGGGGACAGCUGACGGGAAGCAAUCGGGUGCCGAGGCGGCCAUUGGUCAAGCCCCAGCGGUUGGGGCUGCUGUUGUGGGAAAGCAGGGGGUAGCAGAUAUUGCCUCGGGCAAAGAGCAACAGCAUUAUCAGCGCAACGGUUAUGGGUCCCAUGUCGAUUCGGGUGAAGUGGACGGUCAGACCGAAACUGUAAGCCGCGAUGGUAUGGUGGACGGUGACAAAACAACAUUCCAACCGACUGGGGAGGCGGCAGCAACAGUGCUGCCGGCAAAGAAGACAUCACUGGUGCUAAAGAUCACCACCAAGAACGGCAAGCAGGUCGUGGCGAAGGUGAUCAAAUCGUCGACGAGCAGGAAAGGUCAGCGCGACUCCAAGGACGGGCGUGCGGCAACCGAUGAGGAAGGCGCACACCCGGACGAUGGUGACGAGGAAGAAGACGACGAAGACGAAGAGGACCAGGAAGAGGUGGUGGUUAACAUCGAGUCCAGCAAGCCCAGCGGCGAGGAAGCGACGGUCGCCGCACCAGUCGCGAAGAAGGACGAUCAGCUGAACCCGGCGGAGACGAAGAAGGUGGAUGUGGUACCGAAUGGAGGGACGGAGGGUAGCAAGGAAAGAAAUUCUUCUUCUUCCUCGAAGGAUAAGGAUCGCCACAAUCACUCGCAUCAUCGCGAUCGGGAGCGGGAAAAGGAACGAAAGGGCAGCAGUAGCAGCCGUUCGUCCUCUUCCAAAACGUCCAGCAGUAGUAGCAGCAGCAGCAGCAAGCAUAAAUCGUCUAGUAGCAGUAGUAGCAAGAGCAGCAGCUCGAGUUCUAGUCGCAGUAAGGAUAAAGACCGUCACGGUAGUAGUAGUAGUAGCAGCGGGAGCAAGCACAAAAGCUCCUCCUCCUCUUCGUCCUCUAAGUCAGGCAGCAGCAGCUCUAAGAGCAGCAGCAGCAGCGAUAAGCAUCGCGAUAAGGACAAAUCGUCGAGCGGUGGCAGCAGGGAUGGUAAAGAGUCCAAGGCCCAGUCCGCCUCGCCCAAGCUCGCCCGGGCUCGCUCGCGGGACGACAGUGUCGGCGGCUCGAACGACAGUGGUUCGGAGACGAGCAGCGUGACCAACACUAGCGCGAACGAUUCUAAAGUGGCCAAGUCGACCACCAUUCCCAACAAGAAGGCUUCGAUCUCGAUCGAGGUGCGCAAUCCGGAGAACCGGGUCAAGACGGUCAAAACGUACAAUUCACAGUUCCGUUCACACGGUCUGAUUGAGGAAGCACCACCGCCACCGUCGCGCAAGGGGUUGAAGAAACCAUCGUCCGCGUCCUCGCCGUCGAAUGCUUCGCCUGCUGCGACCGCUGCGUCCAACAACUCCUCCGCCGUGAUCGGUUCGACCGCCACCGGGACGCUGAAGCGCAGCUCGCCGACGUCAUCGUCGGGCCGAGACGCCGUGCUGGCUGGUGUGACGGCUGAGAAGAGAGCCAAGGAAGAUCCCAUGGAGCGGCCAGGCUCCAUCAAGCUCAUUCCACCGAAGCGUCAACAUGCCUUGGUCGAAUCGGACAUGUUCAUGGACGCACUGUCUGCCACGCUGCGCAAGGACGUGAAGAAACGGAAAAGGCGCACGAGUGGUUCGGAAGGGGCCACUGCUGGUACCGCCACUGCCCCCAGCAGCAAACCGACGGGCGAAACGACGACCACCACAACUACCACCACCACCACCACCACCACUGCAGCAGCGGGAAGCAAACCAGCUGGAUCGGACGCAAGCACCACAGCAAAGGCGAACGCUCCCGGUAGCAGUCCUGCCAGGACGGAAGAACAUGCAGCGGAAGCAUCGGCGCUCACUUCGACCACUCCUACCUCACCGAAGGUUCCUACGAUCGCACCGAUGUCCUUCUAUCGGGACACGCUUGCGGAGCAGGAGGAGGAAACUGGAACCGAGCCAACGGCCGGAGAGGAUGGUGAAAAGAAGAAGGAUAAGGCGGAAAGCGAUAACACACCUACUAGCAAUGGUGAUGGUGCGGAAGAGAAGAAACCCAGUGCGAGGAAGAGUGAUGACACGCCGGGAGAAGAAGAUGGAGGUGAUCAUGCGGACGAUGAUGAUGACGAUGAUGACGAGGGACCGGUCUUGAAGAAGUCCAAACGGGCCAAGUGUGAGCUGAAUGAAGAUGAUGAUGAGGAAAAAGGUGCGGAAGGGGAGGAGAAGAGGGUGAAGAAGGAAGGAGAAACCGUGGCCGACGACAAGACUGAGCUGAUGGAUGUGGUGAUGAGCGACGUGGAGAAGAAGAUUGCCCAGGAAGCGGAAAGCGGUGUAAAGAAGGAAGAAGGCGGCACGGAAAAGGAAGAAGAGGAUGGCAAGAAGCCGCCCGGUCCGGGCUGUGGCCCCGAUGGGCCCCCGGGCGUGCUGGUGAUACACCGGCGCAAGGGCCCGAAGAAGCAGCUGCGCUGGCGGGCGGCCGAGGAGCUCGAGGAGGUCCGUUACUUCGAGCUGGACGUAACGGAGCGCUGCAACGUGACCAAGUCGUUCACCGACAUGAAGCAGAUGGAGCGGGUGGACGAGCGGCAAAAGUUUAUGCUGUCGCGCAAGGUCGGCUCGGAAGACAUCAUGGUCGAGCGGACGGCGUGGCGGCCGCUGCUGCAGGUGGACAAUGUGCCCGCGUCACCGGACGGCAGCCAGAGCCUGGAGCGCAACGUGCAGCGGCAGCGCGAGCGGGGCUGCCUGCAAGCGCUCUACUUCAACAAGCACAUGAUACCGGACUCGCCGGCCGAACCGGACCCGGCGGACACGUACCAGACGGCCGAUCCGGUACACAUACCGCUGGAGGACGUCACCGGCAAUCCGGACUCGGUGAACGAUUUCACCAGCAUGCCGUGGCCGGAUCCGCGCUCGACGCCGCCGCACGAGUCGGGCGCCUUCAGCUCGCCCUUCUUUCCCUCCGAUCUGCCGCCGGGGGCAGGCUUCGGGGCGGGCGGAUUUCCGCCCCCGUUUGCUCCCGGUGCGGCCGCCACGAUCGGGCCGGGACCGUGGAAUUUGGGUGUGCCGGUCGGUGCACCGGGUGUUGGCGCCGGCGGACCCCGGGCGGGCGUUCUGCCGCCGGGCAUGUUUCCGCUCAGCCAACCACCGCCCGGGCUGGUGGGGCAACCGGCGGCCGGCGGCAGUCCAAAUAUGCUGAAUCUCCCGCUCAGCAUGUCGCCGAACGUGCCACCGCCGGGAAUGUUCCCGGGUGCGAACAACUUUAACGCACCGCCGCCUGAACUUGGCCUGUUGGCGGCGAAUGGUGUCCCCGAUAUGGGCGGCAGGAGGGGCGACGGCUUUCGCAACGGCCCGCCGCCCCAUCAGCAGUGGACGGCAGGCGGUAAUCGGCCGUUCGGAGGUGGCGGUAACAAUAAUCCAAACCGGGGCGGUGGCGGCGGUGGUGGAGGUUUCGGAAACCGUGGUGGAGGCGGUAACUGGAACAAUCGCAACCAGGGCAAUAACAACAACAACGGAAACGGCAACCGCAAUGGCGAUCGCAGCCGGAUAGGCGACGAUGGGCGAGGCAAUUUUAGGGGCCACUGGCUGCAGGGUGGCAACCGUGGCCACAACAACAAUCGUGGCGGCGGCGGUGGCCGGAAAUGGUAGCAGCGGAUAGAGACGGAUCAGGAUGGUGAUAGCAGUUCGGACGAGCGGAUGGAUCUGUCCUGAGACGUGAGCGGUGGGUGUGUGUGUAGUUUUCGUUCCAUCAUCCCGACUGUCGUCGUCCCACUGUGAAAAUCUCGAUCUCGAUCUCUCUCUCGUGCGCCUAUUUGUUUUAUAUUUGUGGUAGAUGCUUUGUAGAAAGAUUUCACGCUGCUUUGGUUAACUUGUUUUAUGGAACUACCUUUAGUGUGCCGUAUAGCGUUAGGAGCUUAGUUGUAAUAGAACAGUGGCAGGGUUGAUUUCUAAUAGGAUCGGCGAACAUUGUUAAAUGAGAACCGUUCGAAUAUAGGAAUUUAGGGAACUGCCCUUUUUGUGUACAUAUAAUAGCAAUAGCGAAGUUAUGAGGGUGGGCACGCCGCAUAUCAAAGUCGAUAAAGAAAGAUUGCAGUGCUUCAGAAAGCAAAGCAUUUACACUUAGCCGGUAAUUAUGUAGCUGGGGAAUUUUAUUUGCCUUUCUGACGGUUUGGCGCAUAUCUCGUGUUGUUGCAUAGGUGAUAAACGGAUCAACAAAGAAGGCAUCUGUUUACUUUCGAAGCAUUAAAAAGAUAACGAACAUGAUCAAAUAAAACAUGUUUGUCCGCGGAAGAAGCGCAUUAGAAGCGAUUCAAUGUCGCACUCAAUAGAGAAUAUAGUAGAGAAGAUAGUAAGAUUUAAAAAAAGAAGGGUUUUGCUCGUGAAAAUAUUGUACAAAUCUCUAAUUUACGAUACUUAAGACAGAAAGUAUGUAAACCCACAAUGCUGCAGCUGUCGAUUUGAAUGAUAAAGAGAGGAACAAACGUAUCCGGUUGAAUGAA